AUGGACGACUUUGAGCAAGUGCUGAAUCUCUUCGAUUCUUUUUGGUUCAAGCGUAAAAUCUUCAACAAACACCCCUUUCCAAGCAAAGAAAUCGCCGGAGCCGAGUCAAGGAGGAAACCUAGGGGAAGAAAAACGAGGGGGGCGGAAAAUAGGAGCCAAUUGGAGCUGGAAUUUGAAGAGCUAAAAGGGUUCAUGGAUUUGGGAUUUGUUUUCUCCGAGGAGGAUAAAGGUUCGAUCUUGGCGUCCAUAGUUCCUGGAUUGAAUUGGCUAGGAAAAAGGGAAGAAGAAGAAGAAGAAGAACAAAAGUUGUGUGGUGAAAUUUCUAGGCCUUAUCUUUCAGAAGCUUGGGAGACUAUGGAGGAAGAAGAGGAGGAGGAGGAGGAAGAAGAAAAGGUGGAAUUGAAGAAGCCAUUGAUGAUGAAAUGGAGGUUUCCUUCUAAUGAAAUUCAUAUGAAAGUUAAUCUCAAAUGGUGGGCUCAUGCUGUUGCUUCAACUAUUAAAUGA